CCAGGAACCGGGCGCCUUCGCUGGCUCGCUUUCCGGCCGGGGCGCGGGGCGCCUGGGUGCCUCCGCCGGCCCUUCUUGCUUCUCCCCGGGACCCUUGGCUCCUGACCCCGGUGGCAGCUGGUCUGUGGCGGGAGGUCGGGGCCGGUCCGGCUCCGGCCUGCCCUGCGAGGUGACCUUGGUCGAGUGCCCGGUCGCGCGGCGCCCUGUCAGGGACCCAGUUCUCCGGCGGCCGAGGACACAGACGCGGAGCGGCCCCACGGGCCGCCUCGUGGCAGGGGAAGCGCCAGGCCGCCGGGGGCGGAGCGGGGCAGCUCGGUCUGGGCGGGGGAGAUGCCCCUGCAUGUGAAAUGGCCGUUCCCCACGGUGCCGCCGUUCACCUGGACCCUGGCCAGCAGCGUCGUCAUGGGCCUGGUGGGCACCUACAGCUGCUUCUGGACCAAGUACAUGAACCACCUCACCGUCCACAACAAGGAGGUGCUGUAUGAGCUCAUCGAGAACCGAGGCCCGGCCACGCCCCUCAUCACUGUUUCCAACCACCAGUCCUGCAUGGACGACCCUCAUCUCUGGGGGAUCCUGAAACUCCGCCACAUCUGGAACCUGAAGUUGAUGCGUUGGACUCCCGCGGCCGCAGACAUCUGCUUCACCAGAGAGCUACACUCCCGCUUCUUCAGCCUGGGCAAGUGUGUGCCCGUUUGCCGAGGGGAUGGUGUCUACCAGAAGGGAAUGGACUUCAUUUUGGAGAAGCUCAACCAUGGGGACUGGGUGCACAUCUUCCCAGAAGGGAAAGUGAACAUGAGCUCUGAGUUCCUACGCUUUAAGUGGGGAAUCGGACGCCUGAUUGCCGAGUGUCAUCUCAACCCUGUCAUCCUGCCGCUGUGGCAUGUGGGAAUGAACGACGUGCUACCUAACAGCCCACCUUACUUCCCCCGCUUUGGACAGAAAAUCACUGUGCUGAUCGGCAAGCCCUUCAGUGCCCUGCCUGUACUCGAACGGCUCCGGGCAGAGAACAAGUCAGCCGUGAGUUGUCAUCCUGCCCUGAACCCACUCCCUGUGCCGCCCUGUAGCUGUCUUAGCCUCUCCUGGCUCCCUCAGCCUCCCAGGGCUCCUGGGCAGAGCUCCCCAAGGGCCGCAGGCCAGCCUGAGUCCUUCCCCUCAGGUGGAGAUGCGCAAAGCCCUGACUGACUUCAUUCAGGAAGAAUUCCAGCGCCUGAAGGUCCAGGCGGAGCAGCUGCACAACCACCUGCAGCCCGGGAGGUAGACAGCGCCCUGACCCCUUCCUGUUGGGGGGCGGCUGUUCCCGGCCCGGCCCCGGGAGAGAGGAGAGAGGCCGCUCUCGCCCAGGCCCCGCCCACUGGCCGCCAGGGCCGGCUCAGGGCUCCUGCCCUGCACGGACCUGAACUGGGGGACGGACUGAGGUUUUGAGGUCAGAUACAUUCUUCUAGACAGAUUUGUGCAUAACCCCGAGCGGGGAUCCUGUCCUCGUUGGUGCGCAUUCCCUCUGCUCUGAGCUGCUUCAGUUGAAGGAAGGGUUUUGCCUGCUUCUCCCACUUGGCCAUGAAAGGAGGAAGAAAUUUCGGCAGGGGCCCCCUUCCUCUCCCGGGGCUGGGAUCAGGACGGAGGGUGUCUGACGGGGGGCAGGUGGCCAGGCCAGAACUCUGCACAGGGCUUCAUGAGGCCCUUGGCUUGGCAUCUACCCAAUGGUCCGAUCCGGAAGCUGUUCACUACGUCCUCAGGGACGGCCGUCGGCCACCUCUCCGUUCCGCCCACACUUCCCACAGGCGUGGGGUCCUCAGGCAGGGCCCAGUUUUUCGCCGUGAGCAGAAAGGCACCUAUUGCCAGAAGUGAAAUCCAGCUGAUUGGAGCCUGUGGCGAGGGCCAGAGUCCCUACCACCUGCCCAUGUUCCAGGGCCCAACCACUGCUCUGUCUUUGCCACCUCCCUGGCAUCACCAGAGACCCCCGGGGCCUGGGUUUUCAUGUUUUGCAACCAGUAAAGCAUCUGUGGUGUUUUA